AUGGAGAGAAUCGUGUUCAGGCUGCGGCAGUUACCACACCAUGUCGACAGGUAUGAUGCCGCCGAGUUACUCCGCGGUGCCCUCUGCAUCGACCAUUCCGCCAUCAAGCUGUGCUCCUUGGCGCGAAGCCUUGACCCUUGGUUUGAGAGCAAGACAGCUACUCUGAUGUUUAAUGAAACUCCCGAACUUCGAGACAUUCUCUACGAUGGCAAGGCACAAAACGUCGUCAAGUCUGGUGAUGAGUGGAGGAUCCAGGUCCAGAAUGCUCCCAACAGCCUCAUUCUCGACACGCAUUUUCGGGGCUUGACGCCCUUGCAUGACCCUACCCCCCAUUCAGCAGAGAGUUGCAUUGCAAUAUCGGGUCUGUCAAGCCAUCCAUUUGGGUCAUGGCAGCCAAAAGGGUCCUCAAAAACAUUCAUGUGGAUUCGAGAUGCUCUACCCAAAUCUAUGCCUAAUAUCAGACCGAUCUUGUACGGCUACGACACAACGCUAGUCAACAGCAACUCUUUUCAGUCCAUCUUUGACCUGGCCCGCGGACUUCUCGACCAACUCAAAGCGAACGGGUGGGCAUCUCCUGCUCCCAAGCCGCUCAUAUUUCUCGCACACAGUUUGGGAGGUCUUGUUUUGAAGCAAGCGCUUGUAUUCCUCGCCAAUCACAUCGAGCGAGAUGAUCCAAUGCGACGCGCUAUAAUCGGGGCUGUCCUUUUUGGUGUACCGAAUCUUGGCAUGGAACAAUCGAGACUGUUCGCCAUGGUUGAGGGAAAGACCAAUGAAAGCCUUGUUGCUGAGCUGGCACCUGGCUCCAAGUACCUUGAACAACUUCACAAACAGUUCACUGGGAUAUCGUACCUUCAGGACUGCUUGCUCUAUUGGGCAUACGAAACCUGCAAGUCUCCAACUGUAAUGCAAGAUUCACAGGGAAAAUGGCUGAGAACGGGCCCUGUUGAGGUAUUAGUCGAUCCAGAGUCGGCAGCUCCUGGCCGCGACAAAUCUACCGAGGAGCAGGAUUCGAUAUUUCCUAUCAACGAGGAUCACUCCAACAUGGUCAAAUUUUCUGAGAACGAUCCUAACUACUCCGUGGUGGUUAAGAAGUUGGAUUGUAUAUUGGAACAAUCCAGGUCAAGGGUCUCAGGAGCAGGUUUGGCAAGGACCUUCACAUCAGGAUGGGAGACCGGCGUACCGACAAACGGAAUCCAUCGUGCUCCAGGAAAAAGCACCGCUUUCACUCGCGUCUUGAAAUCUCUCCGGACCCCAGAACUGGACCGCCGGUUGGAACAGAUUGAAGACAAGUUCCGCAAUACCUUUGACUGGGUUUAUGACCGCCCGCAGUCAAGAUUCAGUCACUGGCUCCAACAUGGCUCGGGUCUUUUUUGGAUCAACGGAAAACCUGGUUCUGGGAAAUCAACAUUGAUGAAAUUCAUUUUCAAAGAUCCUCGCACAUCGAGUCUACUCUCGGAUUGGAGAGCUGACACCUCCCAUAUCUGGGUAGCAUUCUUCUUCCAUUACCGGGGAACCAGAUUACAGAAAUCUUUCGAAGGCCUCUUGAGAAGUAUUCUGUCCCAAAUCAUAUCAAUCGAGCCGAAACUCCAUGUCUUUCUCGCUAGAUUGUUCAUGGAAGACGACCUCACUUUCGAAGAUUGGACCUUGCGAAUGCUCCAGGCUGGUUUUCAUGCUAUAUUGAAACAAACGGAAAUACCCCUCUAUCUUACUCUGUUCUUAGAUGCUCUAGAUGAGUAUGAUGGGCGAUUGGAGUUCAUUUCCAAGUUUCUCCAAGAUAUCGCCCAGGUUCCUUUGACUUCUACCAAAAGCAUCAAGAUCUGCUUUUCCAGUCGCCCUUGGCCCAUAUUCUAUGAGCAUUUCCGCGAGUGCCCCGGAUUUAGCAUCCAAGACUUUACCGAGAAUGACAUCAGGGACUACUGCCUCGGCUCCAUCUUGGAAGAAAGACUUCCACCAAUGACGCUCGAAGAUUUGAUCCCUGAUCUGGUGAUGCGUUCUCGGGGCGUUUUCCUGUGGGUGAAACUCGUGGUCAAGCAACUUGCCACGUCGGCUCGAAAGAAGCACACCAAAUCAGACUUGGAGAAUCUUUUGAAAUCUUUGCCCACAGAGCUGGACUCGUACUACGCCGAAAUCAUUGAACGGAUCCCACACGCGCACCGAUGGGAAGCAUAUGCUAUGCUUGAAAUAGCUGUCAGAUCCGAGCAAUCGCUUACGCCCGAACAUUUCAUUUUUGCUGUCAAGUGUUCGGAAUCGAGGACAUUUGAUGAAGCUGAGACUAUUCGCAUGUUGGUGGCUAGCCAGAUCACAGACUUUGCCGAAUUUGUCAGAGACCAGUCGAGGAUGCACUGCGGAGGACUUAUUGAAGUCGUUGGGAAACCCCCUUACGAGUUUAUCCAAGUACUCCAUCAGACCGUCGAAGACUUCGUAACUGAUCUCAAGUUUAAACAACUUGUGCUUGAAGACCGUACCAAAAUCACUGCCGAGAAUGGGUUUUCUUUUCUGACUAAGUAUUUGUUAUCACGGCCUGUAAGACUAGAUGAACUUUCAACACUGUGUGACUUGGCACGCCCCGCCCACGCUUCUGAACAGACAACUGGUCGCAGCAUGCAGAUGUUUCUGGACAGCGUUCCUGGCAACGUCUACGAAGCAAACUCUGGAUCCAUCGACCGUGAACCAGUCAAAACUCCACUUGGUUUUGCAACUUUUGCCGGGCUUCGGUUGUACAUCAACGAGUCACUGGUAGCUAGCCCGAAUCUAUUACAAGAAUCUAAGGAGCUCCUACUGAGUUCAAUUCUCUGCGGUGGAUUCGAAGUUGGAGAUCAGGUACCUGUUGAAACGACUAGGCUUCUCUUUGACAAAGGUUACACAUUGGACCAAGAUCCAAAGGCUUUCGAAAGACUCUUGUUGGACAUAUACAAGAUGCGCUUAGGUCAUCCGUUAUAUAACCCUCGUUCUUUGCACCUUGAAGUUGGUCGAGUUGACCUGGCCAGAGUCAUGCUUGAUCGCGGGGCGUCUCCUAGCGCUAUUAUUCUCAUCCACUCUAAGGAAUUCGACCCGAGGGAAAACAAACUCGAUCGAGGAAUUUCCCCAAGUCCUCCGCCCUUUCACAGAGCGCGCCGGAUGAAGGGUUCAGUUGAGUGUACGCCCUUGCAUCCCAGUCCAGCAUCUCUGGCAAGGUUGCUGCUCGACAAAGGGGCGCUCAUCAACGGCUUAGACUCAAGGGGAAUGACGCCACUGGACUGGGCAUUGAUGAAGUUGGCUAACGCCGAGUAUGUGAUCGAAACGUGGGAAGGUAAUACUGCAGAGUUCAAUGGGAUAUAUGAGCGAAUCUGUCUCUUAGUUGAGCGAGGAGGGGAGAUUAGAAAGACGCCGGCGAGCUACAUCGACCGGUUUUUGAUAGAUUGUGCGAGAAAUGGCCUUGGUACAGAUAUAUUGCAGGAACGACUGCUUGGACCAAAGUCACGAAUCCGAUCGCUUAGAUUAAAGCUUUCGAAAUUCAUCUAUCCGGUCAGGUAG